AUUUGAGGGAGUGGACGGACAAGAGGUUGAGCGGUUUAAGACGAGGCCUUUUUUGUUUGUUUGUUUUCUUGCAUCUUCCUAACUCAAAGCUCUUCGGAUUCUCUCUCUAAACGGUGGUGAAAUGGCACGCAAGAAGAUCAGAGAGUACGAUUCGAAGAGAUUGUUGAAGGAGCAUUUCAAGAGGCUCUCUGGCCGCGAAUUGCCGAUCAAAUCCGCUCAGAUUACGGAAUCAGCUGAUCUCAAUGAGUUAGCAAACAAUGAGCCAUGGCUUUUCUCUUCCAAACUGGUUGUGAAACCGGACAUGUUGUUUGGAAAGCGUGGGAAGAGCUGUUUGGUUGCUUUGAAUCUAGACUACGCUCAAGUUGCCACUUUUGUCAAGGAUCGACUUGGCAAAGAGGUUGAGAUGGGUGGAUGCAAAGGACCUAUCACAACAUUCAUUGUUGAACCCUUCAUCCCUCACAAUGAAGAGUUUUACCUUAACAUUGUCUCAGAGCGACUUGGGAACAGCAUAAGCUUUUCCGAGUGUGGAGGAAUUGAAAUUGAGGAGAACUGGGAUAAGGUCAAAACUAUUUUUGUUCCAACUGGAGUCUCUUUUACAUCAGAAGUUUGUGCUCCUCUUGUUGCAACCCUUCCCCUGGAGAUCAAAGGAGAAAUUGAGGAGUUCCUUAAAGUUGUGUUUGCGCUGUUUCUAGAUCUGGACUUCACUUUCCUAGAGAUGAAUCCUUUCACAUUUGUUGAUGGAAAGCCAUAUCCUUUGGAUAUGAGAGGCGAGCUGGAUGACACAGCUGCUUUCAAGAAUUUCAAGAAGUGGGGCAACAUUGAAUUUCCAAUGCCAUUUGGAAGAGUCAUGAGCCCAACCGAAAGCUAUAUCCAUGGAUUAGAUGAAAAGACCAGCGCAUCAUUGAAAUUCACAGUUCUUAACCCAAAGGGGAGAAUUUGGACUAUGGUAGCUGGAGGAGGUGCGAGUGUCAUCUAUGCAGACACGGUUGGAGAUCUCGGCUAUGCUUCUGAACUUGGAAACUAUGCUGAAUACAGUGGAGCACCAAACGAAGAGGAGGUCUUGCAGUAUGCCAGGGUUGUAAUUGAUUGCGCAACUGCUAACCCUAAUGGCCAGAAGAGAGCCCUUGUAAUUGGAGGAGGAAUUGCUAACUUUACUGAUGUAGCUGCCACAUUUAACGGCAUUAUCCGAGCUCUCAAAGAGAAGGAAUCAAAACUUAAAGCGGCAAGGAUGCACAUUUACGUGAGAAGAGGAGGUCCUAACUACCAGAAGGGUCUUGCAAAGAUGCGGGCACUUGGAGACGAAAUAGGCAUUCCUAUUGAGGUUUAUGGACCUGAAGCAACGAUGACUGGUAUCUGCAAAGAGGCAAUUCAGUGCAUCACUGCCGCUGCAUAAGUAACCAAUUCAGAGAAAUCUAUCUUGAUGUUCUACUUUCUUUUUUUUAUUUGUAACUUUUUCUUCCUCUUCUUUGGGACGAGUUACUCUAUUAAAAUUUUGUACCAUUUUAAUUGUGUUUAAAACUUAGGAAAAUUCAAAAUGCUGCUUUACGUCUUCAUGGACCACCGUUAAAUGGGGCCCAGGAUGCGAUGUAUCUUCUUGAUGAACGCUCUCUAUCACGAUAAUAAAACGUUUUAAGUGGGGCAUUCAUUUUGGUCU